AUGAACGUACGUAGAGCUAGAGUUGCCGACUUGUUCGCAAUGCAAAAUUGCAACUUGAGUUGUCUUCCAGAAAAUUAUCAAAUGAAAUAUUAUUUAUAUCAUGCCUUGUCUUGGCCACAAUCACAAUAUAUUGCUGAAGAUCGACCAGGUCAUCUUGUCGGAUAUGUCAUGUCUAAAAUGGAGGAAGAAUAUGAUGAAAAGUUUGAUUAUCCUCAUGGUCAUAUUACAAGUCUUUCAGUUCUCCGAUCACAUAGAAAAUUAGGUAUGGCUAAAAGAUUGAUGAAUAUGGCACAAGGAGCUAUGCAAGAUUCAUAUGGAGCAGCCUACGCUAGCCUUCACGUAAGAAAGAGUAAUAAUGCUGCCAUUUCAUUAUAUCAUAAUACAUUAGGAUUUGAAGAGUUUGAAAUUGAAAAGGGAUAUUAUGCUGAUAAAGAAGAUGCCAUUGAUAUGAGGAAGAAAUUCCGAAGUGAUGUUGAUUUUAAUAAGAAGAAACAAAGUAAAAAGAAAAAGUAA